AUGGAAGGAGCAAGAAAGGAUGCCGGGGAGAUUGCACAAGCUAACCCUAACGGCACCUUUUCGACCCACCGCGUCUCGUCAGGCUCCGUCGCCGUCACCUGCUAUCGCUGCGGGGGUGGACACCUUGCAUCCGAAUGCAAGCAUGUGAAGACCGUUUGCAGUUACUGCCACAAACGGGGUCAUCUGGCGGAAGUUUGCAAGACGAAACGAAAGGACAGCCAAGCCCGAACCAGCAUUCCUCACAAGCAGCGUUCGUCCACUGCACGAAGUUCGCAGUCGUCAAGCAACCGCCUUCGCGUGCACACUGUAAAAGAUGAAGAUGUCGCUACAGCUUCGCCUUCAGAAGUCUACGACAUGUGGCAAAUUAACUACGCCAAACUGCCUCCGCCUUUCACCGUCACCGUUGACAUUUGCGGCAAGCCGCUCCGCAUGGAAGUGGACACGGGGGCAAGCGUCUCCGUCAUGGGAAAGUCGCCACUUCUACAGCUUCUGCCUUCGGUUAGUGUGCAGCCGUCGCAAGUGUUUCUGCGAAGCUAUUCCGGGGAACCGAAAAAAGUUGAAGGCAAGGCUGAUAUCCUUGUGAAGUUUCAUGGCAAGGAGGCGGAUCUACCCAUUUUUCUGACAGGGGACAGUUCACCUACUCUGCUAGCACGCAACUGGAUGCGCGAGCUGGCCAUCGGCCUCUCCAAUGUUGAAGUAAAUAUACAUGCACUUUCUGACAUCAAACACCCAGUCCAAGGCUUCGCAGACUUCGUACUCAGUAGCAGCAGCGGAGCUGACAGUUGUACGGCGGCUAAAAGCACUUUUCACGGACGUUAG